GCCUGCGAGAAGGUGACUGGGAUUGAUCCCCCUCCCUCCUCUGACCUCCAAUCCUCCUCCUCGACACUUCUUCUUCUUCUUCGUUCGUCCUCCGUUUCGACCAAUCACACUUGUCGCCUGAUUUUCUCAAUGACUAGCUAGCUUUUUCUUAGCAGAUAGUAUCUAUUUCUUUCACAUAAAUCCUAUGUCGAUUGCUUGUAAUCUAUUAUUUCUUUUGUUCUUAUUGAUCGGAUUAUUGUUUUCUGUUCGUGUGAUUUUGUUCAAGACCGGAUUGAUUAACGCGGUGAACAAGUGGUGGAGGAUUAUUGAGGAAUUCUUCCAUGUCUACCAGUUGUUCAAGGUACCGGAAUUCAACGAAUCUAUGCAGGAGAAUCUGCUUUAUCGGAAGGUCUAUGUUUAUUUGAAUUCAUUGGCUUCCAUGGAGGACUCCAAUUACACAAACCUCGUCACCGGGAAGAAGUCUAAUGAUAUUAUUCUCCGUCUCGAUCGGAAUCAGAUCAUCGACGACGAUUUUCUCGGUGCAAGAAUUUGUUGGAUCAACGAUGCGGGGGGUGAUACAAGAACUUUUGUGUUGAAGAUUAGAAAGGCCGAGAAGCGUCGGAUUCUCCGCCCUUAUCUGCAAUACAUACACACGGUGUCCGAUGAGCUUGAGGAGCGCAACAAGGAAUUGAAGCUCUACAUGAACACUGAUUCCGGUGAUUCUCGGAGAAGUCGACGGUGGACCUCGGUUCCGUUCAAGCAUCCUGCGACUUUUGAUACCAUGGCUUUGGAAUCGGUUCUGAAGAACAAGGUGAAAGCCGAUCUAGAGUCGUUCGUCAAGGCGAAACAGUACUAUCACCGUCUUGGGCGUGUUUGGAAGCGGAGCUACCUUUUGUACGGUCCGUCAGGGACAGGGAAAUCGAGUUUCGUUGCGGCGAUGGCCAAUUUUCUCGGCUACGACGUGUACGACAUCGAUCUCUCGAAGGUACGGGAAGAUUCAGAUCUCAAAAUGCUCUUAUUACAGACCACAACGAAAUCGGUGGUCAUGAUUGAAGACCUUGACCGAUUCCUGACGGAGAAAUCAACGACUGUGAGCUUAUCAGGUAUUUUGAAUUUCAUGGAUGGGCUAUUAAAUCCCUGUUGUGCAGAAGAGAGAAUUAUGGUGGUUACAAUGAACAAUAAAGAACAAAUCGACCCGGCCAUUCUCCGGCCAGGCCGAAUCGAUGUUCACAUUCAUUUUCCGGUCUGUGACUUCUCUGCUUUCAAAAAUCUGGCCAGUAGUUACCUAGGGCUUAAGGAUCACAAGUUGUUCCCUCAAGUGGAGGAGGUUUUCAAUAGCAACCCCAGUCUGAGCCCGGCCGAGAUAGGUGAGCUCAUGAUAGCCAACCGGAGCUCACCGAGUCGAGCUUUGAAAACUGUAAUUAAUGCUCUGCAAUCGGAUGUAGGACGGCGGUUGUCGGAGAAUUUGGCAAGGAAGUCGACGGAGGAAUGUGAUGAUCGUUCGGAUAUUUUUUGUAGAGAAGGUGGUCAGACAAUGAAGGAGCUCAGGAAACUUGUUGGUUUGAUAAGGAUGAAGAGUUGCAGAAACCCUCAUUCGUUUGAUUUGGCUUCUUCACCUCAACGCAAGGAGGGAUGAGGAUGAAGAGCUCGGAUUCACUUCACAUUUGGUUUGAUUUGAUUUGAUUUGAUUUGGGUGAUCUGCAGAAAAUUCAUGACAAAUUCUGAAUCAUGUGACUGGAAAACCUACAAUCCACCCAAGUAGAAUAGUUAAUCUCUGAUUAGCAGAAUAGAUACAUGAUGGAAUUAGAUUUCCAACUUGAAGAAAAGAUUUGUUAAUUGUCAAUGGGAAGUUUUCUA